GCUCUGCUGUGGGGAUGCAGUCGCCUCUUUCAGGCCUUGCCGCCCCCUCCAAGUCCAGGCCGGGCGAAGCGGCCGCCGAAGGCGCGAGAUGGCAGCGAGCGGGAACCUUCUCGCCUGGGAUAUUCCACCUACAAAUGGUCACGAUGUGUAUUUCUCGCGAGAUAUUUAUGAAAAAUACUCAUUGACUCCAACUCUCUCUGAGCUACUGUUACUACCAAAAAGGCAUGCAGAAGGCAAUGCAGGCAUAUCAAAAGAUGCAUCAAAAGAAAACAAGUCUUCUAGCGGACAGUCUGCAGUAAAACCUACUGAAGUGGCAUUCCAAUCUGCAGCAGAAAUUGCAUCUUUUCAAGAGCCUAGAGUCCCCUAUCCUUACUUUUCUAGUUUGACAGAGAAACAACAGAGGAAAUACUUAUCUUUGUUGUCUGCAUACUUAAAUGCUGAUCCCAGCCUGAUAGACCCAUCUGAGCAGAAAGAUCAUUUACAAUAUCUGCAAAUGAAAGAAUUUGUAAGCAAAGAAGUUGGCGAGUUCUUGAAGUUUGCUCAAAAUGCCGCCAGAAGUUGCUCUAAAGAUUAUAAUAACAUCUCAGAGGAGGCCUUGCUUUACACCAAGAAAUUUUUAGCAUCUCGUAUUGGUUAUGUGACAAAGUAUCCUGAAUGCUAUAACCUACAAGAAGUUACCAGCAUCAUGGGAGGAAAGUUCUGUACAGAACUGACAUUUAAAUUGGAAAAAUGCCUUCUUGCUUUGGGAAAGGUGAGCCUUGUUAAGCGAUACUUUGCAAAACUGCCUGCACCAAUACAGUUACCUGAUAACCAUAAAAAUAAGGUGGACAUUGCAACUCCAGAGCAGAGGGCUUCGGCGCUUCACAAUGAUGUUAGUACAGAUCCAAAUGCUGAAAAACUUGUAUUGAAAUAUGGUGCUCAGGUAGUGCUGACAAGUGAGUCGUUAUUUACAUUGUUGAACAACAAUGGUAUGAGUUACAGUGAACAGUGGGAGCUUCCGGUUUCUGUGAAAAUCAUCUCUAAUGAAGGUUUCAGACCAGUCAAAGUUGCCUACAUUGAUCCCCCUCUCCCAAAGAAAGAGAUGGCAGUGAGAGAAAAGAACCAUUUGUAUCAUGAAUUUCUGGCAGAUUUCCACAUGACUAAAAAAUCAAGCAUUUUGGCACAUGCUGCAAUACUAGACAACCCACCUGAAGGACUUCUGGGAGCACCACUUGAAACAUACCAGGGUAGACGGGUUCAAGUACCUGACUCUGUGGAUCUAGACUUUGGCACUGAUGUGACAGAACUAGAGACGUUUGGUUCUGUAUCUAAGCAUUCAAAUGCUUCUAAACUGGAUAACAUUCCUGCAAAACCUGCCAGUAUAUCAUCAGAGCAUGUGAAAAUGGAAAAAGCACCCGUGUUGAACAUGAACAGUGGCACAAGCUCGCAGACAUCCAACUCCAUCAGCCUAGACAUUCAUACCAAUGUCACGUUGACAACAAAGCCUUCUACACCAGAGAGCACUCCUAUGAAACAUGAAUAUAUGUCAAAAAUAUUAUCAAAGCACCUGAAAAUGGAGAAAGAGUCAGUGUGGGAGGUAAACAGUGGGAGCAAAGGCCCUGAACAGAGGGUAGAAUUAAGCACAGAACAGCAUUUUAAUAGGACUCCAGCAUCAAGUGGUGAUGUCUUGGGUUUAGACUGCGAAGUAAUUUCAUCAGUUAAAGGGUUCAAUUUGAUGGAAAUUGAACCAGAUGGCAAAAGAGUUGUUUAUGUCAAAGAUGAAACUCUGGACAAGAAUACCUUAUUAACUUCAGAUAACAAAGAUAACUUUAAGAAAGGAGGUUUGGCUCAUGUAGCCAAAGAUGAUAACUCAUCCAUUCUCUCCUGCUGCAGUGACACAGAUGAGGAAUCUCUGAUAAUUGACACAGGACAUAAAAAUGACACUGACUGUGAAUCGGGUGUGGUUGCUUCUAAGCGAGGCCCUGAAGCAGUUACUCCUGAGUCUCCUUGCUCGAAACAAGGCCUGUUAGGAAAACUGACAGAUCCUUCAAGGAUUCCAGUUCAAGAAAUGGCUGUGUCCCAAAAAGGUUGCGAACAGAUGUCUAAAGAAUUAGAUCCUGUUGGGCAGAUUUUGAAAAUGCAAGCUAAACUUCUCAAGCCACCUUCUCCACACCGUCAAGAGCAGCCACAGGUGAAUUCUGAAAGAAGCCCUGCACCAAGCCAGGGGUAUCCACCAUCAAAAGUACCUUCUACUAUGGAGCCCAAGCAAAGUACCACUGUGGAUACCAGUAACUUACCCAAGGUUACCUGGACAUCAUAUUUUCAGGGAUCUCAAAAAGAGGUGGUUUGGGGUGCAGCUGAAGAUUGUUUGGAAUAUGAACCUCCUCAACAGGGCAAUCUUAUCUACAAGCUGUUCAGCCUUGGCGACCUGCAGCUACUGGUGCGCUGCCCUGUGCAGAAAGUAGAACAGCGGCCAUCCAACAAGAAAGCAAAAGUCAAAAGGUACUUUCCAGUUUACAUAUUCCCGAAGCUAGAAUAUCAAGCCUUCUAUGGAGUGGAAGCAUUAACUGAAGGUGAAAUAUGUCGUUUGUGGACAGAGAGUUUGUUACAUUCAAGAAGUUCAUUUAUAGUUGGUCAUGUUGAUGCCUUGACUUCAAAGUUGUUUCUGCUUGAGCAACUGCCUGCAGAAGGGUUGAAAAAAAGAUUUGGCACGUUUAAGCCAGCAAAUUCACUGAAUAUUCUUCAACAUAUACUGAAGAAAGUGACUGGUUUGCAGGAGGGCUCUUACCUAUUGGCUCACGCAGCAGGAGACUCUUCCGUUACCAUCUAUAAGAGCUGCGACGGAAAAGCCACCAGAGCAAUGUACAACUUGCAUUCAGCUCACUCUGCCCUGCCCAGCAUGCCUUCUGGCCUCUCAGUUCCGUGGGUGCCACUAGAUCCCAACAUCCCUCUGCCCUAUCAUUUUGCUCAAGGGCGAGUUCCAUGCACUUUCCCACCAAAGCCAGCAAACCCUGUGAAGAACCAGAAGAUGAGUGGGACAAAAGCACACACAGGCACACCCAACCGCAAAGAGCAAGUUCCCAUGGAAACAAACAACGAUCACCCGCCAGCUAAUCCUUUUCGAAAGAGACGUGGGGCUGCCCAGAACAAGUCAAUGAUGAGAAAUAUCUACAGGCAGGCAAAUCGAGGGUCAAAUUGGAAGUCCUGGAAAAAACCAAAGAUGAGCCAACUUAGUCAUUUGGAGGAAACGUAGAGCAAAUGACUGUACAGCCAUGGAGAGAAUGCCAGGAUGGGCGAACUUAUCUGUCAAGAAAUGCUGCUGCAAAACCUUUUGACUUAUUUUCUUUAUCCAGUCAAAUUGGUUGAGGGCUGUUUCUAUCAAGGCAAGUGCAGACCUGAAGCAACUAUCUGUAAUAGUUUGCUGUUAGUGGGCCAAGUUGCAGGGAAUAAAUGUGGGGAACUUUCUGAACAUCAUCUUUUAUUAUUAAUAAAAUUAAACCAGCCACAGCAUGCCUUUCGAAACCAGCCGUUGCACUUAAGUGAUCUGGGCCAAAGCAGAUCUAUAACUGACACUCAAGCAACCCCUACUCCAGCUUCUUUUGGUUUUUCUUGAAAGUUGGUUGACUCCCACAUCGCAUCUCUUGGAUCCUCACUUAAUAACAGCAUGCUUGAAACAAGUACCACAGAUACAUGCAAUGGGUUUGUGUUGCAAACAAUUACAGCCCAGUGCUGCAUUAAAAAAUAAUAAUACUAUUUUAUAUUUGUUUGAAAUUGAAGUAGGCUACUCACACAAAGUUACUUUAAUGCAGUUAAAAAUAAUAAUAUGAUUGAUUUUAAAUGUUCCAGUUGCACUCUAAAAGUUUGAAUUUGACUUUUCUCAUCUGUUUGGUUGUUGAUAGUGGUGUUUUUUUCUGUGUGUAGGUUGUGAAAAACACUACCAAGUUUGAGUCUUGUCAGCUUGGCUCCCUAAGUGUACAGGUGAAACUUGGAAAAUUAGAAUAUCGUCAAAAAGUGCAUUUAUUUCAGUAAUGCAACUUAUUAUUUUUUAUUUUUCUUUUAAUUUUUACAAAUGCUUUCUUUUGGAAAUUCCACGGUAAUAAAACAAUUAGUUACAAUAAUACAAAAAUAAACAUCGCUUUUACAUUUCAUUAAUUACAUUCCAUUUAUAAUCGACCCGCCUAACGACAAAUAAUUACAAUUACAACAAAUAAAGGCUUGACAUAUCUUGCUUUGCAUGUCAUGCAUCUAUCUCAUAUAUUGGUUUCACCUUUUAAGUUGCAUUACUGAAAUAAAUGCACUUUUCGACGAUAUUACAAUUUUCCGAGUUUCACCUGUAAUUUUAAGUUGUAGAUUGAUAAACUACUUUUUAAAGAAAACAUUAUUGCCCUAUUCAGAUACACAGGCUGCCCUACCAUGAAGUGGAGGUGGUGGUUGGGUACAGCAGCAGAUAGUUGCAUCUGACUGAUGCCACAGGACAUUUCUCCUGCUGAGCCUCCUUGAAGUAAACAGCUGUACAAGAGCGCCAUAGGGUGGUUCUGCUGCUGCUGCUGCUGCUGCUGCUGCUGCUGCUGCUGCUGCUGCUGCUGCUGAGUUUACUGAGGCUUGCACAGGAUAACUGAUUUGUAACCCAUAUUAGUAAAUUUAUAGCAGGCACCAAUCUAACUUUUCAUUUCAGGUAUCUUUGGCCCUCUGAAUGCAGACGCACUCUGAACCUGGCUGGAAUGUGUCGUUGAACUCUGCUAAUGCCUUUUGCUUUCCUGGAUGGAGAGAUGUUGGGAGGGGAGGGGGUAAUUUUGGCAUGGUUGGAAUUUGGCUGCUGCACAAACAUAAGAAUAAUAUUUGUUUCUCUGUCCACUUCUCCUGCCACUCUGCUCACUUCUGCCUCUCACGCUGCCACCUCUGCCAUGUUCCCACAAGGAAAUGCAACCCUCAGUCUAAAAGAAGUUCCCUACCACUGUUCUAAACUGUACAUUUUUAUUAGGAACAAUUUCCUUGUGUGGGGCUCCACUUAAAGAGCUACUCUUGGUGAGAGAGAAUGGUUUUAAACAAGUUCUGUGUUAAACAGUGCAAACCCGUACAAAGAGACAACUACUUCAUGACACAGAAAAGAGGUUUAACACACUAAUACCUUUUC